AUGGCCAAAAUGGAGGUCAAGACGUCGCUUUUAGACGACAUGAUAGGGGUGGGAGAUAUGGUUCUUUUGGAGCCACUUAAUGAAGAUUCCUUCAUCAAUAACCUGAAGAAGCGCUUUGAUCACAAUGAAGUUUAUACGUACAUUGGCAGUGUGGUGAUAUCAAUAAACCCCUACAGAUCUCUACCCAUUUAUACUCCAGAGAAAGUGGAAGAAUACAGAAAUCGAAACUUUUAUGAACUCAGUCCUCACAUCUUUGCUCUGUCUGAUGAAGCUUACAGGUCUUUAAGGGACCAGGACAAAGACCAGUGCAUCCUUAUUACAGGAGAGAGUGGAGCUGGGAAAACAGAGGCAAGCAAACUUGUCAUGUCAUAUGUAGCUGCUGUGUGUGGAAAAGGGGCAGAGGUUAAUCAAGUAAAAGAACAACUUUUGCAGUCAAAUCCAGUCCUUGAAGCUUUUGGAAAUGCCAAAACUGUGCGGAAUGACAACUCCUCUAGAUUUGGAAAAUACAUGGAUAUUGAGUUUGAUUUCAAGGGUGACCCACUUGGGGGAGUUAUAAGCAACUAUCUGCUAGAGAAGUCUCGUGUUGUUAAGCAGCCAAGGGGUGAAAGAAACUUCCACAUUUUCUAUCAGAUCCUGUCUGGUGCAUCAGAAGAGUUUCUCUGCAAACUCAAACUGGAGAGGGAUUUCAGCAGAUACAACUACCUGGGCCUUGAUUCUGCCAGAGUGAAUGGAGUGGAUGAUGCUUCAAACUUCAGAACAGUCAGGAAUGCAAUGCAGAUUGUUGGGUUUAUGGAUCAUGAAACACAGUCAGUUUUUGAAGUAGUGGCAGCCGUUCUGAAAUUGGGAAAUAUUGAAUUUAAGCCUGAAUCUCGUGCAAAUGGCCUAGAUGAAAGUAAAAUCAAAGAUAAAAAUGAACUCAAGGAAAUCUGUGAGUUGACAGGUAUAGACCAGUCUGUACUGGAGAGAGCUUUCAGCUUCCGGACAGUUGAGGCCAAACAAGAGAAAGUUUCAACAACACUAAAUGUGGCUCAGGCUUAUUAUGCCCGUGAUGCUCUGGCUAAGAAUUUGUACAGUCGACUGUUCUCCUGGCUUGUUACCAGGAUCAAUGAGAGCAUUAAGGCACAAACAAAAGUAAGAAAGAAGGUAAUGGGGGUGCUGGACAUCUAUGGCUUUGAAAUUUUUGAGGACAACAGCUUUGAGCAGUUCAUUAUCAACUACUGUAAUGAGAAGUUGCAGCAGAUCUUCAUUGAACUUACCCUCAAAGAAGAGCAGGAGGAAUACAUCCGAGAGGGGAUUGAAUGGACUCAUAUUGAAUAUUUCAACAAUGCUAUUAUUUGUGACCUAAUAGAAAAUAACCAAACUGGAAUCCUGGCCAUGCUGGAUGAAGAAUGCCUGAGACCAGGGACUGUUACUGAUGACACCUUUUUAGAAAAGCUGAACCAGGUCUGUGCCACUCACCAGCAUUUUGAGAGCAGGAUGAGCAAGUGCUCCCGGUUCCUCAAUGACACCUCCCUGCCUCACAGCUGCUUCAGGAUUCAGCAUUAUGCUGGCAAGGUUCUGUACCAGGUGGAAGGAUUUGUUGACAAAAAUAAUGAUCUUCUGUACCGUGACCUCUCCCAGGCCAUGUGGAAGGCCAACCACUCCCUUAUCAAAGCAUUGUUCCCAGAAGGAAACCCUGCUAAGAUCAAUCUGAAGAGACCACCAACAGCAGGUUCACAGUUCAAGGCUUCAGUUGCUACCCUGAUGAAAAAUCUGCAGACAAAAAACCCAAACUACAUCAGGUGCAUCAAGCCCAAUGACAAGAAGGCUGCACACAUUUUCAACGAAGCCCUGGUGUGCCACCAGAUCCGGUACCUCGGGCUCCUGGAGAACGUGCGGGUCAGGAGAGCGGGCUACGCCUUCCGGCAGCCCUACGAGCCCUGCCUGGAGAGGUACAAAAUGCUCUGCAAGCAGACCUGGCCACACUGGAGAGGGCCAGCCAGGGCUGGAGUAGAGGUGCUGUUUAAUGAACUGAGAAUCCCUGAAGAGGAAUUUUCAUUUGGUAGAUCAAAGAUAUUCAUCCGCAACCCAAGAACACUCUUCAAACUAGAAGACCUGAGGAAGCAGCGUUUGGAGGACUUGGCUACUCUCAUUGGAAAGAUUUACAGAGGUUGGAAGUGCCGUACUCGCUUCUUGCUAAUGAAAAAAUGCCAGGUUGUCAUCGCUUCCUGGUACAGGAGAUAUGCACAACAAAAAAAAUACCAGAAGAUAAAGAGUUCAGCUAUUACAGUACAGUCGUACAUCAGAGGGUGGAAGGCUCGGAAGCUUCUUCGGGAACUCAAGCACCUGAAGCGUUGUAACGAGGCUGCCACAGUAAUUGCUGCUUAUUGGCAUGGUACCCAGGCACGAAGGGAACUGAGACGACUGAAAGACGAUGCUAGAAAUAAACAUGCUAUUGCUGUUAUUUGGGCUUUCUGGCUUGGAUAUAAGGCUCGGAGGGAGUUGAAACGCUUGAAGGAGG